AUGUUUCACAAGAACUGGAAAAGUUUCAGCGAUCAUCGCAUUAAAGAAGUGGGUAAGUUCGAGUCUAGCGACGCGCAAGAUUUCGCUCGAAGGGCCAACUAUUGCCUUGGUGAACAACACAAUGAAGACGAGAAGAAAAAAAAGAUCAAGUAUUUCUGUGAAGAAUGCUCCGUAUGUGUUUGUCGUGACUGCGUCCUAUUAGAGCAUCGAGAUCACGACUACAUCUCAAUUGAGAAAGGAAUUGAAAAAAAGAAGGGUGAAAUCGAUGCUAAACUUCAAGAAGUUAAAAGAAACCGCUUAUGUUUAAACACACACAAGACCUUGGUGGAAACACAAAGAGUGAAAGUAAACAACAGCAUCGAUCAGGCGACAAAUGAAGUGCAUAGGCUUGCCGAGCAUUGCAUAAUGUUAAUUCGCCAGCACGAAUCAAGCGUGACGGAAAGGCUAGCGAGGGAGAGAGCAGCUGUUCAAGUUGCAUUCGCCGAGAAACUGACCAGUUUAAAUGAAAAGCUGGCGGAAAUAGAGCGUGGAUUGGCAUUCUGUGAGGACGUCCUCGUCCGAAGAAAUCUUCCAGAAAUUUUGAAUGUAAAAGCAAUUGUUGAGCGGAGGCUCCAAGAACUUUCAAUUCCUUUCGACUUUAUGUCAGUGCUGGAAUAUACUGAUGUUAGGUAUCUCCCAAAGGACGUAUCGCACUUGAAGGAUGCACCCGGAAAAGAAAACGAGCCGAAACCUAACUAUUCGGGGAAAUUGCCCAUUGUUGGUUCCUUUAGCUAUACUAGAAUGUCCUCGGGUGCAUCGGGAUCUUUGGUGGAUGAAACGAGUUCUUCAAGCUUAACAAACAAUUUGAGAGCUGUUAAACUGGACAAAUGA